AUGAGGAAGUUUAAAAACUUAAUAUACUUGGCAAUACUUUUAUUUAUAAUAGGUUGCAGUUAAUUCAAUGAAAACUUGUUAAUUGAUAGCUCUAAUGCAAUUUAACAAGUAACCCUUCAAUAUUAGUUUAUACCAAUUCAAAUGGAAUUUUGGAGUUUUUACAUUACAGCAUGGAAUAUGGAUUCUUAUCCUUGGUAUGAUUAACAACCAAUAAUUGGUAAACAAAAUCAAUUUCUAUUGUUUUUGAUUAGAAAUUUAUAAGAUCAGUAGAUUUUUGCAUUUAUGUAUUCUAAUGUAAUAACGGAUUCUGAUGUUAUUCAUUAUCUUAGUGUUGAUGGAUAAAUGGUUGAAUUAAGAUAUAAUCCAAAUGAGUAUGAAGGGAUUUGGAUAUGCAAUUUGAUUACUAUUGAAUGGUCUAAUGUGAUGUUUGAAACUAUUGCAUAAACAAAUAAAUAUAUUUAUGAUUAUAAGCAAAAUCGUUUUUAAGUGAGUAAAAAUUUAUACAUAUUUGAAUUUUAAGUAGGAGGAUAAGAAUGGGUAAUUUUAUAUUAAAUUAUUUAAGAUUAACAAGUAAUAUAUAGCAUCUUAUUUCCGAGGAAGAUUAUCUCAAAUUUUUGUUACUUAUUAUUAUAGAUUUUUAUACAAAGUAUAUUAGGAAAGAAUAAAUUAAUUAAGAUAAAAUGAAUAUGUAUAAACAAUAAGCUUAAUUCCAGAUGUUGUUAAUUUUGAUGGAUUAUUAUAAAAAUAAUUUUAAUUUGAAUAAUUUGGAAGAAAAUUUAGUAUUUUUGGAUGGGUAAAAUAUUAUAUAUAUGAUGCUUAUAUUUUAAAAAAGUAUUUAGUAUUAAGAUUGACAGCAUAUAGAAAUUACUAAGAUGAAAUUGCUUUAGGAGAUGAAUUACUUAAAAUAAUUGCUAAUAUAAAUUUAUCAGAUGAAUAAUAAUGUGGAUACGAUGUUACAUCCCAUCAUUAUAGAAUGCCAUUUCCUAAUUUAAUUAAUUAAUAUUCAAUUAAUGAUAGAGUAAUUAUAAGUGGUGAUUUACCAUAUUUAGAGAUAUUAUCAAAAUGGCAUUUCAUUUCAUUUGAAUAUGGUUUAGAUCCAGAAAAUGGUUAUUAUGGACCAUAUUAAAGAACAUAAUUUUAAAUAACUUAUUUUGAAAAUUACGAUUUGAAAUCUAAAACUAGUUAUUUAGGAGAUGAAUUAUAUAAGAGUUUAUUUAUAAAUAUUAAAUAUAAUGUAAUAUUUGGAGGUGAUUUUACUGUAUAUGAAAAAAUGAAAGGAUAUGUAGCUAGAUUUUAUUUUAAAUCAAAUUAUUAAGAUAAUUUAAAUAUUUAAUUUUGUAAAAUUUAUAAAUAUUUUUAGAUUGUCAUUAUAGUUGUCAAACAUGUUAUGGUCCAUUAUUAUCAAAUUGUUUAUCUUGUAAUGUUAAUACACAAAUGAUAUAUUUAGAAGAAUUACAUUAAUGUGUAUGUCCAAUUGGAUAUUAAGAAUAGAAUUAGAAUUGUAGAUCAUAUGAAAAUAUAUAUCCAACUUUAUAUUAAAAUGAGAUUAAAUUACAAUCAUCUAAUUCUUAAUGUACAUUUGGAUACUUUUAUUUACCAGUAAUUUCAAAGUGUAUAAAAUGGUAUAAAAUAAUGAUAUAUCUAUUUAUAGUCCUUAAUCAAAUUCAUAUAAUUUAUUAUGUGUAGAUUGUUUAUUGAAUCCAAAUAGCUGGUAUUUAAGACCCCUUUGUACAACAGAUUUUGUUACAUAAUAAGUAAAUAAAGAUGAAGAUGCCUUUACAGAAAAAAUAAGAAAUAUUAUAGACUAUGAUGUUUAUUAUAUUAAUAAUGAAUAUAAUUUGAUAUUAUUAGAAGGAGUAUCAGAUUAUUGUGAUAUUAAACAAAUAAAUACUUAAAAUUGUAUAGAUUUAGAUGUUUAACAUUUAUAAAAUUAAUUAUUUGGUGUUUGUAAAGAAAAUCAUUAUUAUUCUAAUAAAGCUUGUAAAUUAUUAGAUAUAGCUUGUAUUUAAAUGAAUUAAAAUGAAAAGAAAUGUCUUUAAUGUUAAGAUAGAUAUUAUAUAUCAGAUGAUGGUAAUUCUUGUUUGCAAUGUCCAUAAUAAUGUUAAAGUUGUUAGAGUUUAACUAAAUGUUUAUCUUGUAAAACAGGUUUUGGACUAUUUAAUGGUGAAUGUAUAAAAUGUGGAAUCUUUUGCAAAACAUGCGUAUAUUCAAUAGCAUUUAAUAUUAUGAGAUGUUUAAAUUGUAUAGAUAAUCAAUUAUAUUAUUUAUCAUUAAAUGCUGAAGAGUGUAAAAUAAAUAAUUUAGAAAAUUGUAUAUAUGCAUAUGAAUUUGUUCCAUUAGAAUUAACAAAUUCUUUAGAUCUUAAUUUUCCACCUACUUAUUAUGGUGUCAUUUUAAAUAGAUGUGCAAAGUGUAAAGAUGGCUAUUAUUUUCAUAAUAGUGAUUUUUAGUGUUAUUAGGGUGAAUUAGCAAAUUGUAAUGAAUUUGUUGUAAGUUAUGAUAAAGGUAAAUAUUGGGAAAUAUGUUUAUUUGCACCUUAUCAACAAGGUAUUUUAAUAUAUUCAUUUAUUGAUAAAUGUUCAGAAAUUGCAUUAAAUUGUAUAUAUUGUUUAAUUGACUAAUUAAAAAUUUACUAUCCAGUUUAUGACCAAAUUGGACUUUAAAAAGCAUCAUAUAAAUGUCUUGUUUGUUAAAAUGGCUAUUAUGCAGAAAAAAAAACUGGAUUAUGCUUAGAAUGUCCAACAGAAUUACAUUGUUUGAAUUGUUAUUAAUAACAUAAAUAUGCCAAAGAUAAUUGGAAAAAUGAAAUACGUGCCCAUUAUAGAUCCUCAAUAGAUAAUUUACGUUAAGAUCAUAGAUUUACUGAAUAUGCCUUAAGUUAAAAUGAUUAAGAUUAUGAAAUACUUUGUACCUUAUGUGAAUUCGGAUAUGAACCUUAUAAAGACAUAUGUAUUAAAGUAUGUCCUGAAUCAUGUUUAGAAUGUGUUAUAAUAAACAAUAAAAAUAUUUGUGUUAAAUGUCCUUUGGAUCUUAAAGGAAGAAAUAGAAGCUUAAUAAAUAAUUAAUGUGUUAACUGUCCUAAUAAUUGUGAAUUAUGUAAAUAAAGAGAUCAAAAAGAAGUACUUUCAAUCAAUCCAUUAUUCACUAAUUAAGAAUUUGCUUAUUUUUCAUAUUAUUGUAUUUUUGGAUUUACAGGCAUUUUUGAUUAAAAAUUAGGAUUAUAUAUUGAUUGUUAAGAUGGUCCUUGUUUAAAAUAAAUAGUUAUAAAUUUAAAUUUAUUUUGUAAUAUUCAAGAAUAUUAAACUUAAAUUAACAAUUUGAAAAGUGAUGAAGAUAAAAUAUAAUUUUAAAAUUAAAACAUUUUAAGUGAUCAUUUGUUUUCCUAAAAAAGCUUUUUCUAAGUAAAUAAUUUUAUUUUACAUUUUUAGUUUGAAACUAAAGAGUUUUAUUAAAUGGCUAAUGAAAAAUCUAUUAGACAAAUUUUGAUUAAAAUUGUUAGUUAAUAAAAAUAACAAUGUUAUGUGAGUGAUUAAUAAAAAAUCUAAUAAAACUUUAGCCCAAAUAUUUUUUCAGCUAUGUAAUUAUUAUUUAUUAUAUUAAAAUUAGAGAUGUUGAUCUUGAAAUAUAUGGCAAUGGCAUUACUACUUUUAAAUAUUAAUAAUAAUUAUUAUUUGUCAAUUUUAGAAAAGUGCAUAUUGAAGGAGUGUAAAUUGAAGUAGAAUAUUUUAUAUAUGGUCCAAAUUUACUUAACUUCACAAGUGUUUUUGAAUAAACUGUAGAAUUAGUUAAUAUAAAUUAUAACCAAAAUGUUAAUUUAACAACAUUUUAUAUCGUUAUGGAAAAUGCUAAAAAUGUUAUAAUUUAACACUUUUCCUUAAUAAAUUAUGCAAAAUCUUUUCCCAUUUAAUCUAUCAUUAAAAUCGAAUAAAUUUAAUCACUUUAGACAAUCAAAAUAUUGAAUUUUAAUAUUAGAAAUAGUGAAUUUCUUAAUUUACAUUUAUUGUGGUUUGAACUUAAAGAAGAUGAUUUUGUAGAAAUUGAAACUGUAAAUAUUGAAGAAACAAAAUUUAAUUAGGCUUUGAUAUAUUAAAGUAAAGGCCUGUUAUAAAUGAAUUAAAUUCGCAUUUAUAAUUGUGAAAUAUAUUCUUAAAGUGGCUUGUUUUUAAUAAAUGCUUUAAAGUAUUAUGAAAUGAAAUCAUUAGAUUUUAAUUCAAAUUUUAUAUAGUCUGGUAAAAUAUUAAAUAUGAAUUAAAAUAGUAAGUUGAUAUAAUUAAAUUUUACAAAAAAUAAUAUUUACAACAAUUCCUUAUUAAUUUAUAAUGAAAAAGAGGUUAUUUAAUAUAUUUUAAUGGAGAAAAUAGUAUUUGAAUUAAAUAAUUAUACUAAAAAUAGUACAUUUAUUAAAUUAAUUACUAAUCUUUAAUCUAAUAAGUAGAUAGUAAUUAAUUAAUUAACAAUGUUAACAAAUCAACUUCUCUCAGUAGUUAGCCAAACAAAUUUUGAUAAUUUAGAUGUAGCUUUAAUCUAUUUGGAUAUAUAAAUAGUAGAGAUAGAUAAAAUAAAUAUUUAAAAAGCAUAUGGAAUCCCUGAUUUAGUAAUUGUAAAUGCUGAUAAAUUACAAAUAAAUUCAAUAACAAUAGAAUAAAAUGAAAAUUACAUAUUCAAAGGACUUUAUCAAAACUAUGAUUGUUUUUUGAAUUCUGUACUAAUUUAAUAUGAUUAUAAUUCAAUAAAAAUUCUUGAUGUGCAAAUAAUUGAAAUAAAUUAAUUAGUAAUUUAUAAAGCUUAAUCCAUUAAUUAACCCAUAAUUGAAAUAAAGACUUCAACUUUAAUAACUUAAACGGAAAAAAUUAUAAAAUUCUCUGAAAUGCAAUUAUAUGAAAAUCUAAUUUUGACUACUAACAAACUAAAUUUAGCAUCACUAAUUAAAAUAUUAACAUAAGAAGUUUAUUUAAUAAUUAUUGAAAAUUCAAUAUUUGAAAACAAUUUAAUGCAUCAAUACAUCUAAAUAGAUUAGAUUAAUUCAGGUUUAGUUUUCUUUUUUGAUUGUAAGCUUUGUACAAUACUAUUUUAGAAUCUAGUUGUUUAAAAAAAUAUUGUUACUAACUCAUCUAAUAGCAUUUUCUAUAUAUAAACUCAAAAUAUAGAAAUUUAUAAUUGUACUUUUAAUUAAAACAGUUAGUUUAAUUAUUUAAUUUUAUAACCAUUUCUUUUUUGGGGUUAUCAAAAAGAGUAGGAAAUUUAUCUGGAAUAAAUUAUGGAAACUUUUCCCAUAAAAGUUAAAACAGGAAAUGGAAAAAUUGAAUGCUAAAAAAUAGUAUUAAAGAAUAUCAUAAUUUCUAAUUCAACAAGUUCAGGAUUUUCUUUUUAUUUAGAAAAAGAUGCUACUGUCUUGAUUUAAGAUGCAACAAUUAGUUUUAUUAAUUCUUUAUUUUAGAAUGAAGAUGAAAAUGGGGGAGUAUUUUUAAUUGAUACACAAAAGUCUAUAUCUUUAAGGAUAAAUAUAAAAAAUAUAUAUGCAUCAGAUAUUUAUAUAAAAAAUAAAGGUGGAUUACUGUAUAUCCUUUAAAAUUAUAUAGAGAGUACACAUAUUUAAUUAUCAGAUAUUUAAAUUGCUGAUGUAUAUUCUUCGAAAGGAUCAAUAUUUUAUGUUGAAUUUUCAUCAGAAAUAAAUUUAUAAUUCAAACUUGAAAAUUUAGAAGCAACAUAUAGCGAAUAAGGUUUUCUAAGUUUUAUAGCAAGGUUUAAUAAAGUAACUAAUUAAUAAUUAACAGAAUUAAGACUUGAGAGAAGUUUAUUUUAAAUUACUUAUGCAAAAUUAGUAAGCAUAAAAAAAAUAAUAGUUUAAUCAUUAUUAUAUCAAUCCCUUGCUAUAUUAACUUAAAUAUAAUUUAUUGAGAUUCAAAAUUGUAGAAUAUAAAACUCAACAAUUUAAAAUUCUUUAAUUAGAAUGAAUUCAAUGUAGAGCAAUUCAUAAAUUAGAAUAUUAGAUUUUUAAGUAACGAAAACUUAAAUCUUGAAUCGAAUACCUAUAUAUCAAAAUUGUGCUGGCUUUUAAUAAAAAAUUGAAAUGUAAAGAUAAAUUUGUUCUUAAGACCCAAAUCUCUUAUUAAUACCUCCUAUUACAUUAUUAAAUAAAUAUUCUAAUUAGGAUUUAUAAAAUAGUUAUUGUAUCAUUAAUUAAAUGAAUAUGUUUUAGAAUCAAAUAUCAAGUUUAAUUGAUAUAAAUCCUUAAACAACUUAGAUUUAAAUAUCUAAAUUACAUUUAAAAAAUAUUAAUUGUACUAUUUGUAAUAAUGGUUUGAUAAAUAUUAAUAUCUAGGAUGAUUAAAGUAAAAUAAUUAUGAAUUCAAUUAAUUUUCACAAUGAUUAAUGUGGAGAAUAAAGCUGUCUAAAUGUAAUCAAAACUCUUUCAAAAUCUAGACUUUUAUAAUCUUUCGAUAUAAAUGUCUAUGAAAAACAUUUCGACUUCAAAUUACAAAACUUUAUAUGUAUUAACAAUAUAGCCUAGAAAGGUACUUGUCUUUAAAUUAAAGAUAUUAAAACUUUGAUUAAAGAUUCAAUUUUAUAAAACAAUACAGCUGAAUCAUAUGGGGGUUCCAUAUAUGUUAUUGGAAAUUAAAGUUUUUACUUAUUGAACUCUUUGAUUUAAUUUAAUAAAGCAGAAUUUGGUGGAGGAUUAUUUUUAAAAGAUUAAAUAAUAUAAAAUUUAGAUAAACAAGGAACAAAAAUCUAUAAUAAUAUUGGAAUUAAAUUUGGAAAUAAUUUAGCUCAGCUUGCUUCGUAAUUGGCAGUUUCUAUUGAUUUAUAACAUCAUCUGCCUAAAAUAAAGAUUAUAGAAAAGGAGAAUAUUUUGAUAGAAUAAAUUCAAUUAGAAAAAUAUCAAUUAUUUUUAAACACUUAUUCUAGCAUGUUAUAUGUUCCAAAUGGAUAAGUAUUGUCUGAAUACAAAUUUUUUGAUUGGAAAAUUUAAAACUAUGUCCCAUAUAAUUUACAUUUAAGAUUAAUCCCAUUAGACUUAUUCAAUAAUGUUUAAUAAAAUUUAGAAAAUUCCUCAUGCUAAAUAAGUAGUAGGAUACUAACUUAAAAUGAAGAUUCGAAUUUUACUUUAGAUUUUACAAAUUUUAAUUAAGUCAAAUUUCAAUAAUAUGAUUAUAAUUUCGAUAACAUCAUCUUUUACUUAGAUAGUGAAUUAAAUCUUACUUUGUAAUUAUAAUUUCAUUGUGAUUCCAUUUUCACUCCUAUAUAUGGUAAACAAAAAGAAGUAAUUGGAUAUCAUAAUAAUUAUUUCUUAAGAAUGAAUGUUAAAACAUUACCUUGUUAAUUAGGAGAAAUAAAAGUAAAUUUUGAUAAUUCUUGUUAACCUUGCAACGGAACUUAAGGAUUUUAUUCAUUAAUUCUUAAUUCUUAUAAUUGUUCAUUAAAAGAUGAUUUUUCUAUUAGUGAAGUAAAAUCAGCUUAAUUAAAACUUAAACCAGGGUUUUGGAGACCUUAUUUUAAUACAGAUUUUAUUAGUUAAUGUAUCAAUUUACUAAUAAAUUGUAAUGGAGGAUGGAUAGAAGGAGAUACAUCUUGUUAUGAUGGUCAUAUUGGAGCAUUAUGUGAAGAAUGUGAUAUUUAUAAUAUAAGAGGAUUUGGACAUUUUUCAACAAGUUCUAAAUAUUCUUGUGGUUCAUGCAUCUAGAAUAAUCAAAAUUAUGCUGCUCUCACUGCUAUCAGUGUAUGGUAAAAUUUUAUUCUAUAUGAUUUAGGACUCUUAUUUCAAUACUAAUUUCAGUAAAAAGUAACAUCAAAAUAAAUGAUCAGAUUUUACUUAAAAGAGUAAUAUCAAAAUUAAUUAAUAUAAAAUUUUAAUAUCAUUCGAAUCUAGGAAUCUUAAUUAAAAUAACAAAUAAUCAUUUACAAAUACUCUCUACUAUUUUUACUUUUCAUUUUUAGACAAUUGAUGGUAUUGGUGAUAUUGUAAAUGCUGUUAGUAAUCCAAUUUAAACAAUGACUCAUUCUCUUGAUUGCUUUUUAAAAGAUUUAUUUGAUAUUCAAAUUCAUUAUUCAAGAAUAAUAUGGCAUCUGAUCAUGCCAUUUAUUUAUAUUUUGAUUUUUAUUAUUUUAUUUUGGAUCUCCAUGAAAUUUAAUUAACUCAAAUACAAUUCAACUGUUAUUACUACAACAUUAAUCUAUAUGUACAUAUAUCUCUAACCAUUUUUGGUUGGUAGAUUAAUAUCAUUAUUAUCAUUUAGAUAAAUUUCUGGUUUUUAAUGGAUUUAAGCUAAUGUUGCUUUUCGAUAUGAUACACCAAAUCAUUAAAAAUGGUUAUUUAGCUUUUGCUUACCAUUAUUAAUUUUUAUAGGUUUCAUUAUUCCUUUAUUUUUCUUCAUUUCUUUGUAUUCAAAUAAGAAAGUUUUAAAUGAAAAAAAAACUAGAAAAAAAUGGGGAUAUUUAUACAAUGAAUAUAAGCUUGAAGCUUAUUAUUGGGAAAUAAUUAAAAUUGUUAAAAAAUAAUGUUUAAUUUUGUUCAUAUCUUAUUACGAUGAGUAUGUUGUUAAAAAAGGAAUUCUUAUAUUGUUAAUAAUACAAAUAUAUUAGAAACUUAGUUAAUAAUAUCAACCAUAUUCGUUAUCCCUGCUAAAUAAAUUAGAUGCUUACUCCGCAAAUGUAUGCUAAAUUUCCAUCGCUUUAGGAAUUGGAAUUUAUAUCGAUCAAUAAAAUAAAUCAUAUGAAAUUUAGAUACUCUACUUAAUUAUACUUUUUGCACUUAAUUUAAAUUAUUUGUUUAGAGUUUUUAAUGAAAUAGUAUCUUCUUUUUUUGAUGAAAAUGCUAUUUUAGUUGAUAAAUUUAAAUAUUAUAUCCUUAAUAAAUUACCUUGGGUUUAAUAAUAUUAAGUAUGCAAAAAAUUGUUACAAAAUCGAAACAUAUAAAAAAAAAGAAUUGCAUGGAGAUAUCUCAAAUUAAAGAAAUACUUAAUUGGGUAAGCAAAAUAUAUUUUACAAUGCAAGAGUAAUUAUAGUGUUAAAAUAGUGUCUUAAUAUUCUUCCAAUUGA